AUGUCCAGUGUCGUGGACGAUGCGACCAUGAUGAGCAACGGAUUGGCUAGUCGCCACAUCUCAAGUUUGCCCAGAGAAGUGCUUUCUAACAUCGCAGCCUGGGCUCUUCACGAUCGAUCGACUUGUCACCACUUGGCCGUUUACUUUGCUAGCCAAACAUGUGCGGAGACCGAGGGCAACACUUCUGUCCAGUUUUCGGAGAAGAUCUACGCUAGGCACGUUGAAUUCGAGGGUGUUCAGUACAUCGGCCAUCUGUGGAACACGCCUGGUGGCAACCGGGAUUUCCUUUUGUUUGACCCAAGUCUCUCAACAUCCAUCGACAGCUUGUACAUUGCGAGCGAUCACCUCGGUAUCCGGCGCUUGUUGUUCGCUGACUCGUCGAAACCAUGCGCGAUUGUUCAAGAAAUUGGCAUAUGGUGGAAAGCCGUGAAACUGGAAGACGUUGGUGGCCUCAUUCGGAUCCGCAGUGACGGUUUGAAACUGCGUGAGCUUGUCGUCGACGACACAAUAGUCUUGCAAGACAUGUACUGGGGCCUCCCGCAUCUCUCGUCCGUGUGCAGCCGAUUCGAAGACAUUUGUGGUGCGGAACCAAGCAAUCACAUGUCCGUAGUGUCCUGUAACGAUCCACAGACCACAGCGUACUCACUUUGUUGGAAUUGGGAGAUUCUGAUGCUCCAUGCGCACCGUGUCGGAGAGAGUCUCGACUUUUAUCAGGCCUUACGGACGAUGGAUGAAGCUGCGAUGUGGCUUUACAUGCCACUUCACGAAGGCGAAGUACUGACGCAAAUUUGGAAAUUCGAGGGCGAGCUGAGGACUGCAAUUGGCUUACUACUCGUAACGGAUCAAGGACGUUCCACCUUUCUAGGAGUGCAGCCACGGCCAAACUGGGGCCGAUCUAAGUGGACACUUCUUGACCUGCCUGGCAAGGCCACAAGUCACAUUUACGCUGAGACGACGACUUGUGGCGUGCGAAGACUAGGAUUCCAAUCACCUCGGCCUAGAUAUCGAGAUCGGAGACCAGCAGUCGAGUGGCCAACCCCAUAUCCUCUCUCUCGUCAUGGCGAGUAUUACGCCUGGAACAGAGCCAGGCUUAAGCACGUGGUUGAGAUUGUCCCGUGCAAUCGCCAACGCAUGGGCAAACCAAUCAUUAUUGGACUUCUCCUUCGCUAUGCCGACGGAACCUCAGCUUGUGUCGGUCAAAUCAGACUUGACUGCUUACAAAGAGCUAUGACUGUCGACCCGACUUCUACGCUGUGGUUAGGGUUCUGGUUGACUGGCGACGGGCCUUGCAUAGGGAGCGCCAUCUUGGCCAAAGAACAACCAGUCGUACCAGCUUGCGAAACUUGGUUUGAGAUGGAGUGGCGCGACGACCUUCAGUGGUGGUUUUCCAACAAGAAAUGCCGACUGUCCCACCAAGGGCGUCUCAGCCCUAAGACCACUAGGUAG